GGAACCCCCAUCCGCGCGGCCUCUCCCUCCUAUUCCAUGGCAGACGACAGCGACGGCGAGGAGUUCUGCGCCGACCCGUUCGAGGACGACAGCGACGGCGGUGACUCAUGCCACUAUCGCUGUUGCUACGAUGACGAUGACGAGGGCGAGUGGUCAUGCGGUGCCCCCUGCGACGACGACGACGACGCCAGCAAUGGCGAGGAGAUCUGCAGGGACCCGUGCGACGAAGCCGUCCUCGUCGACGACGACGACGAAGGGGAGGUCGAGGACGCGUUAUGCCACGACGACGACGACGACGAGGUGGAGAGCGAUGGUUCGUUAUCCGACGAGGACGCCGAGGACGAGGAGUUAUCCGACGAGGACGCCGAGGGCGAGGAGUUAUCCGACAACGACGAAUGCGAGGGGAGGAGCGGGGAGUUCGUCGACGACCUGUGUGACGAUGAGGACAAGGGCGAGGCCGACGGGGAGAGCGAGGAUUUCUACGAGAACCCCUCCAACCAUGAUGAAGAUGUCGGUCCGGAGGUGUUAUGCUGCGGCGAUGGGUCAUGUGUCUCCGGCUUCUGUUUAUUCGAUGAUUCCGACAUCUCCGACUCCGAUCAUCCCGCCUCCGAGGUAGAUGAGGCCGGCGGCUUCAACCGCGGCAGGGAGGGGCUCACGCAGAGCGGGUUCGACGGCACGCCGUCGCCCGGGGCCUUCAGGAUGGUGGUGGGUGCAGAAGACAGCGACUCCGAUACCUACUCCACCGGUUCCGAGUAUGAAGACGACUACGAAUUCCGUAAUCGGCCCGCGUCGCGCCAGGCGGUGGAAGGCCUGCCGGAGAUGAUCCUCAGCGAAGAGGAGGCCACGUGCGGCUGCGCGGUGUGCAAGGAUGUCUUCGCGUUGGGGCAGUGCGUCGUCUUUCUCCCGUGCAAGCACUACUUCCAUGGUGACUGCAUCCGGCCAUGGCUCGCCAUGAGGAGCACUUGCCCUGUGUGCCGGUAUCAACUCCCCACCGAUGAUACUCAGUCUGGGCAGGGGCAGGCACAUCGACUGAGGGUUCUUUUACCAGUGGAUCGUCAGGGUGCAUCUCAGCAGAGCGGAGACGGAGCCACCACAGGACGCGACUGAAGGCUUGGCAGGAAAAUGGACACGAGCAAAGGCGCGUCAAGAUGCGGGCGGUGUUUUAGGUAGAUGAUUCGUAAUCCGAUGGCAACUUCAGUCACUGACCAGCGCGUAGAAUGUAGCACCAUCAUUCAAUCAUCUCUCUGAAAGUGUGUACGACGUGCUCUGGGAAGUUUGGCUUCAGCAUCCACCAGUGAGUUGAUGAUAUACUCAUUUGUAAUUUGCGUUGUAGUGAGGUGGGUGCUGCGAUUGACGUCGCCGACUGGGGCAGAAAGAACGGCACUGUGGCCGUGUCCAGAUUCAACUGGGUACAGGUUCAAUGGCUGAGAUCGCUCAUA